AUGUCGGGCAACACGGAACUCGUCAGCGGUGUGUCCACUAACACGCAAAUCAUCCGCGGUGUGUCCACCAACAACCGUUCGCAGGCCGCGGUAGGCACAUUCAACGGACCAGUUAACUUCGGGGGCAGUAAAGACUUGAACGAUCUGCUCUCUCCCACUACAGCCGCGCCGUUCAACGCAUUCCAGCGACAGUAUGACCCGCCCUGCCAUCCCGAUACCCGCAUCGACCUCCUUCAAGAGAUCAACAACUGGGUUGAUGGUCGAGACAAGCGCUGUAUCUUCUGGCUGAAUGGCUUGGCUGGCACGGGGAAGUCGACGAUUGCGCGCACUGUCGCCCGUACCUACUCCGACCAGAAUCGCCUAGGAGCCAGCUUCUUCUUCUCGCGCAGCGGUGGAGAUGUCGGUCAUGCAGGCAAGUUCGUCACGAGCAUUGCGUGGCAGCUAGCGAGUAGUAUACCGUGUCUUCGCCAAUAUAUAUACGACACUCUUACAGAGCGCCGCGACAUUAUAUACCAGUCUCUUCGUGACCAGUGGCAGCAACUCGUCCUACGCCCGCUGUCGAAGCUGGACGAAAGCGAGGGCCAAUCCGUAUACGUCCUUGUCGUCGAUGCGCUCGAUGAGUGCGACAAUGAUAACGACAUUCGGAUCAUCCUGGCUCUCUUGGCUGAAGCUCGAUCGUUAAAUACAGUUCGACUACGAGUCUUCCUGACAAGCCGACCUGAGGUUCCGAUCCGAAACAGCUUCGUCCAAAUCCCAGAUAGUGAACACAAGGACUUUAUCCUCCAUAACGUAUCUCAAUCGAUCGUCGAAGAGAAAUGGAAUGCGCUGCUACAGAUGCUCGAGGGCCACUUGGGCGGGGUCACGGCCGUGGCCUUCUCGCCGGACGGCAAGACGCUGGCGUCGGCGGGCUCGGUCGACGGGACGGUCAAGCUGUGGGACGCGACGUCGGGGUCGCUGCAGCAGACGCUCGAGGGCCACUCGUACGGGGUCACGGCCGUGGCCUUCUCACCGGACGGCAAGACACUGGCGUCGGCGGGCUCGGUCGACGGGACGGUCAAGCUGUGGGACGCGACGUCGGGUUCGCUGCAGCAGACGCUCGAGGGACACUCGCACGGGAUCACGGCCGUGGCCUUCUCGCCGGACGGCAAGACACUGGCGUUGGCGGGCUCGGUCGACGGGGCGGUCAUGCUGUGGGACGCGGCGUCGGGGGCGGUGCGGCAGACUCUGGAUAUUGGCGGUAUUGUCGAGACUCUCUCUUUCUCCGACGAUAACACUUCUCGCUGA